CCACCAUUUCUUUAUUUCUCUCAGAUUUGCUUUCGCAUUGUAAUCCACUGAUCCUACAAGCUACUUGCCAGAUUUUUUUGCUUGCUCCCAAUCGUCUUCCUCCAUAUAUCAGACGGAGAUCUCCGCCAUUCUGAUCUAAUUUUCGCAACACCCACCUCGUAAUAAUCAAAACAACACCCUAUUAUCAUCAGACUCUUAUGCUCGGAGCUCCUUCUACGUGAGCUUAGUUUCUCAAAGAUUCUGUUUGUCCCCUGAUGCGAUUGGCUGCAUCAUGGCAACAAAAGGGAAUUCAGGAGAAAAUAGGGCUAGAAGUUCCAUUACCAUAUUCAUAGUUGUUGGUUUAUGUUGUUUCUUCUACCUAUUGGGAGCAUGGCAAAGGAGUGGAUAUGGAAAAGGAGACAGCAUAGCUUUAGAGAUGACCAAAACUGGUGCAGAUUGCAGCAUUCUCCCAAAUCUAAACUUUGAAACACACCACAGUGGCGAUUCUGUAAUUGUUGAUAACCCACAAACCAAAGUCAAAGAAUUUAAACCAUGCAGUCCUAAAUAUACCGAUUAUACCCCUUGUCAUGACCAAAAACGAGCCAUGACAUUCCCUAGACAUGAUAUGAUUUAUAGAGAAAGACAUUGUCCCCCUCAAGAACAAAAGUUGAAGUGUCUGAUUCCAGCUCCAAAAGGCUAUGUGACACCAUUUUCAUGGCCUAAAAGUCGUGAUUAUGUUCCUUUUGCAAAUGCACCUUAUAAAGCAUUGACUGUUGAGAAGGCUAUUCAAAAUUGGAUUCAGUAUGAGGGCAAUGUAUUUAGGUUUCCAGGUGGUGGGACCCAGUUUCCUCAAGGGGCAGAUGCAUAUAUUGAUCAACUUGCUUCUGUAAUCCCAAUUGAUAAUGGAACAGUGAGGACUGCUUUGGAUACUGGUUGUGGGGUUGCGAGUUGGGGGGCCUACCUUUGGAAGAGAAAUGUUGUAACAAUGUCAUUUGCCCCUAGAGAUAAUCAUGAAGCACAAGUUCAGUUUGCUCUUGAAAGAGGAGUACCUGCCAUUGUUGGUGUUCUUGGCUCAAUCAAAAUGCCAUUUCCAUCUAAAGCUUUUGACAUGGCCCACUGCUCUAGGUGCUUGAUUCCAUGGGGAUCAAAUGAUGGAAAAUACAUGAUGGAAGUUGAUAGAGUUUUAAGACCAGGUGGAUUUUGGGUGCUUUCGGGUCCUCCAAUUAAUUGGAGAAAUAAUUACAAAUCAUGGCAACGUCCAAAAGAGGAUCUUGAAGAAGAACAAAGGAAUAUUGAAGAGGUUGCUAAGCUUCUUUGCUGGGACAAAAUAUCUGAGAGUGGCGAAACCGUAAUUUUCCAGAAAAAACUAAAUCCUGAAUCAUGUCGUGGCUCAGAAGAUACCCCUGGAGUUACAUACUGCUCCCAAGAUCCAGAUGAUGUUUGGUACAAGAAAAUGGAGACAUGUGUGACUCCUUCCAAUUCCAACACCGGAAUGGAAUACAAACCGUUCCCGGAACGGCUUUAUGCAACCCCACCACGAAUUGCAUCCGGUUCCAUUCCAGUUUCUGAAGACAAAUACAUUGAAGACAACAAACAAUGGAAGAAACAUGUAAACGCUUACAAAAAAAUCAAUAGAAUCAUUGAUUCCGGAAGGUACCGGAAUAUCAUGGACAUGAACGCUGGUUUUGGAGGUUUUGCUGCUGCUAUCACUUCUCAAAAGUUAUGGGUUAUGAAUGUGGUCCCCACUUUGGCCCAAAAUACCCUUGGAGUUAUAUAUGAACGUGGACUCAUUGGCAUCUAUCAUGAUUGGUGUGAAGCUUUUUCAACAUACCCACGAACAUAUGAUCUCAUUCAUGCGAAUGGGCUAUUUAGUUUAUACAAGGACACAUGUGAUUUUGAAGACAUACUUUUAGAAAUGGACCGAAUAUUACGUCCCGAAGGCGCAGUUAUAAUUCGUGAUGAAGUGGAUGUUCUUAUGAAGGCUAAAAGUAUAAUUGGAGGUAUGAGAUGGGACACAAAAGUGAUGGACCAUGAAGACGGGCCCUUGGUCCCCGAGAAAAUUUUAGUUGCGGUCAAACGAUAUUGGGUGGUUGGGUCAAACUCCACAUCCUCACGUUGAUUGCGAAAAGUGGUAAUCAAUCAAAGUUUUCAUCAUCUUUAGUAGAGUAAUCUAUGUUAUUUAGUUGUUUAGUUAUCAUUAGGGGUUUGAGUUUUCCUUUUCUUUUAUUAUGUUUGUUGUAAUGUAAAACGAUUGAAAGCUUUUUAAGUUAAUGGUGAGAAAUGUUUUGUUGCAA